CGGGGGCCUCUCUGGCCGCCUUUGGUCCUGAGCGCCCAGCCUGGCGUCCCGAGAUCCGGUCGACGGCGGCGCAUGUUUGCGUGGGACGCGAGCGCAGGCUCUGGGGCACAGAGCGCGGGCUGGACGGGGUCCGGGGUCGCAGCCCAGGGCUGCUUCCUAGCCUUGGUGAAAGAGAACAAUGCGGACAGGUGCUGGUGAGAGUUUGAGGUGACGGAACGCGGCAGAGAGAGAGCACAGCUGUGCCGCCGGAGCAUUCAUCCUGCGGUUACUGGGUAUCCGAUCCAGUACAAGUUGUGUUUGGAGCAGAUGGAUGUCCAUGGCAGAAUAAGGGAAAUCCUCGCUGAGACAAUAAGGGAAGAAUUGGCACCAGAUCAACAACAGUUAUCAACAGAAGAUUUGAUCAAAGCCCUUAGACGUCGGGGAAUCAUUGAUGAUGUGAUGAAAGAACUUAAUUUUGUUACUGACAGUGUUGAUCAAGAACUACCUUCCUCUCCAAAACAACCUGUUUGUUUUACUGAUAGACAAUCAACGUUGUUAAAAAAAACUAAUAUUGAUCCAACACGGAGGUAUCUUUACCUUCAGGUUUUGGGUGGAAAAGCUUUCUUGGAACAUCUACAAGAACCUGAGCCUUUACCAGGACAAGUUUGUUCAACCUUUACUUUAUGUUUACAUUUUCGAAACCAACGUUUUCGUUCUAAACCUGUUCCAUGUGCCUGUGAACCAGAUUUUCAUGAUGGCUUUUUACUUGAAGUACACCGAGAAAGCUUAGGUGAUGGAACUAGAAUGGCUGACUCAACAACAAUGUUAUCAAUAAGUGAUCCAGUUCAUAUGGUGCUAAUCAAAACAGACAUAUUUGGUGAGACUACUUUGGUAGCAUCCUAUUUUCUCGAAUGGCGAUCAGUUUUGGGCUCAGAAAAUGGAAUGACCAGUCUCACUGUGGAACUUAUGGGUGUAGGCACAGAAUCAAAAGUUUCUGUGGGAAUUUUAAAUAUAAAACUUGAGAUGUACCCACCACUCAAUCAAACAUUAUCUCAAGAAGUAGUGAACACACAGCUUGCUUUGGAACGUCAGAAAACUGCAGAGAAAGAGCGAUUAUUUCUUGUAUAUGCAAAGCAAUGGUGGAGAGAAUAUUUGCAAAUUCGACCCUCACACAACUCACGGCUGGUUAAGAUUUUUGCACAGGAUGAAAAUGGGGUAAAUAGACCAGUUUGUUCCUAUAUUAAGCCACUUCGAGCUGGGAGGCUUUUGGAUACUCCAAGACAAGCAGCAAGAUUUGUUAAUGUCCUUGGUUAUGAAAGAGCCCCUGUUAUUGGAGGAGGAGGUAAACAGGAACAGUGGUGCACUCUGCUGGCCUUUCUCUGUAGAAACAAGGGUGACUGUGAAGAUCAUGCUAACCUUCUGUGCAGCCUUCUUCUUGGAUAUGGAUUAGAAGCCUUUGUCUGUGUUGGGACUAAGGCAAAAGGAGUACCUCAUGCAUGGGUGAUGACCUGUGGAACUGAUGGAACUAUCACUUUUUGGGAGAGUUUAACAGGACACAGGUACAUCCACAAACCUGCCAAUCCUGAUGAAUCUCCAGUUGCUGAACAGCCCAAACCAUUGUACCCAUAUCGAACAAUUGGUUGUGUUUUCAAUCAUCAGAUGUUCCUGGGAAAUUGUCAGCCCUCUGACUCAGUAGAAAUCUGUGUGUUUGAUUUGAAUGAUGAAUCCAAAUGGAAACCCAUGAGUGAAGAAGCAAUCAAAUCUGUGUGUGCUCCAGGAGCUACAACAUCCCUUCCUCCCUUUCCCCCUCUAUGUGCGUCCACAAUUGAUGCUUCCGUAACAAGUAAUGAAAUAGAAAUGCAGCUAAGGCUGCUAGUGUCAGAACACAGGAAGGAUCUUGGUCUCACUACUGUUUGGGAAGAUCAGCUUUCCUAUCUCUUAUCACCAGCUUUGGCUUCUUAUGAAUUUGAGCGUACAACAAGUAUAUCUGCAGGCAAUGAAGAAUUUCAAGAUGCCAUAAGGAGGGCUGUCCCUGAUGGUCACACUUUUAAAGGGUUCCCAAUACAUUUUGUAUAUAGAAAUGCAAGGCGUGCAUUUGCCACAUGUCUUCGGUCUCCUUUCUGUGAAGAGAUAAUCUGUUGCCGUGGAGACCAGGUGCGACUGGCAGUCCGUGUCCGAGUGUUUACUUACCCUGAAUCUGCAUGUGCUGUUUGGAUCAUGUUUGCUUGUAAAUAUCGCUCGGUAUUAUAGGACUAACAUUUCUAUAAGAAUAUACCUGUGUUUUAUUGGAAUUUUACACAUUGUACAUUACUAGCUGUUUAGAGGUUGUUAUUUUAAGAAUCAUAUUCUGGCUUGGAUGUCAUGUUUCACUUUUGUAUAUAUCUGACUGAUAAUGUUUGAAAAACAUCAUGUGUGUAUUUAAAAAUUAAGGAUAAAAAACUUGUGUAAAUCUGAGUGGAAUUUAGUAUAAAUUAAGUGUAUACUUUAUUUUAAUAAAUGCUACUUUGUUUACAGGUAUUCAGUAGUUUAAAUAUGAAUAUAAAAUUUACUCCCAUUUUCUUUACAUUAACAGGUAAUCAGAGAUAUUUAUUUGUCCAAGGGUUUGAGCCAUAGUAAAAUCAAUAUCAUUAUUUUUCAUAGAUUAAUGGGAUUAUUUUAUAUAAUUAGAAAUUAACCUCACAACAGAUAUAUUUAUUAAAUAAGUGAAAAUAGAUUUUGAUGAAUUACUACUUCUGUGGUUUACCCAUGGCCAUGGGAUAUUUGUGACUUUCCAGGGAUUUAUGGGAAGACUUCGAUGCAAGAGUAGGAAAACAAAUAGCAGAAAAGCAUAAAUGUUAAUAACAAAACAAACCUCACAUAAAAGUACAUAAAUAAUUUAUAAAUAUGUUAGUUUGA